AUGACAUCAGCUGUAAUUAAAUAUGUUGGUAGAACUACAGAUUUCAAAGGUAAAACGUUGUGGGAGAUUGUUGGUUGUUUGAAAAAUUUAGGUGUGGGAAGGAUUAUAGUUCGGUCUGUUUUCGAGAGGUAUCCUGAAACUAGUUUUAUGAAAAUAGUCAAAGUUGAGACUUGUCCUGAUGAAGAGAGGCGCAGAGUACGUGUGUGGGUUGAAAAAACAUUCAGAGGAAAGAAACUGCCAAAUAUUACUGAAAUAUAUCGUACAUCAUACAAACCAGAUUAUAAAUUAAUACCAAAAAAUGAGGAAGCAAAACUCUUGGCAACGGUGGAUAAGGUUCAUGACUAUUCCAAUGUUGUAUUACCUAAAAUUAUUGAAAUGCCACCACUUAUGAAGAAAUUUAUUACUAAAGAUCAUGAAAAGAAGGGGCUGGAAAUUAUGACAGACUUUACAAUGCCCAUCCGAUACAACCGCAGCCCAAAUCGUGUGAAGAGGAUUGCUAAAGGUGACGAAAAACCUACAGUGCAGUUUUCCAUGGGUCUCGGGACUCCAGCCAGCCCAUCUCUUUAUGAAGGAAUACAGCUUAGUUAA